UAAAAGCUGUCGAGAGAACGCGUGCCAAGUGUGCGAAAGAUAAGUGCUUAUCAACUAAUGGCUCUGUGGUUGUUGCCUGUGUUUGUGCUCUUCUUGUGGGUUCUCUACAAGUAUGGAUUCCAGAAUGAAUUCUUCUUCCGCGAUCGCGGGGUUAAAUUCAUCAAACCUCUGCCCUUCUUCGGCAGCUCCUUGCCCUUCUUCACCAAUAAAGAAAACCUUAUUGACUUUGCUCUGAAGCUUUCCAAGAAAUACCGCAAUGAGAAGGUCUUUGGAGUUUUCGACUUAAGGACACCAAUUUUAGUUAUUCAAGAUCCAGAACUCGUUAAAUAUCUCAGCAUAAAAGAAUUCGAUCACUUUACUGACCAUCAAAUUCUAGCGUCCAAAGACGUUGAACCUCUCUUCUCGCAGUCCUUAUUCUCCCUUGAAGGUCAGAAAUGGCGCGAAAUGCGAGCGACCUUAAGCCCUGCCUUCACAGGAAGCAAAAUGCGACUAAUGUGUGACUUUAUGGUGGAAAUCUGCGAGCAAAUGGUGGACUAUUUGAAGACAGAGGCUAAAGAAAAAGGCCCUCAAACACAUGAAGUGAAGGAAUUCUUCUCACGUAUCGCCACUGAUAUAAUUGGAACGUGUGCUUUUGGCAUCAAGGUGGAUUCCUUGAAGGAGAAGGACAAUAAGUUCUUCACAAGUGCUAAGGAAAUGUUCAAUACAACAUCCAUAACACUUGUCUUUAAAUUGGUUGCCGCUAGAGUGUGUCCUUUGGUGAUGAAACUGUUCGGAAUCAGUAUUUUUGAUGAAAAAUAUCGUGGAUUUCUCAAAGAUUUGGUUCUAAAUAAUAUGAAGACUCGCCAAGAGAAGAAUAUCAUUCGCCCUGAUAUGAUUCAUCUUCUGAUUGAGGCUCAAAAAGGAACUCUUGAAAACACAACAAGUGAAAAAGAUUCCGCUGGAUUCGCGACAGCUGAGGAAUCGCAAACAAAAUCUGUUGCUAAGAAAACUUCCUGGACAGACGAUGAAAUUGUGUCUCAAUGCUUUAUCUUCUUCUUGGCGGGAUUCGACACGAUAUCUACAGUUCUCACUUUCGCAGCAUACGAAAUUGCUAAAAAUACAGAAGUUCAGGAAAAAUUAUAUCAAGAAGCAAAAACUUUCCGAGAUGAACUAAAAGGAAGACCAUUAAAGUAUGAAACUGUGCAGAAGAUGAAGUAUUUGGAUAUGAUUAUCUCCGAAACCCUUCGUGUUUGGCCUGCAGUUUCGCUUAUUGAUCGAAUGUGUACCAAAGACUUUACAAUGGAAUAUGAACCAGGGAAGAAAUACACAUUUCGGAAGGGCGAACUUUACUGGAUCCCAAUUGGUGACUUUCACUUCAAUCCAGAAUACUUUCCCGAUCCGAACAAAUUCGACCCUGAGCGUUUCAGCGAUGAGAACAAACAUUUGAUCAAUCCAAAUACUUAUCUUCCCUUCGGCAUUGGGCCCAGAAAUUGUAUCGGAUCUCGAUUUGCCUUGAUGGAAGUGAAAUCUUUAAUUUUCUACCUCAUCAUAAAUUUCCAUUUCGAUUUAUCGGACAAAACCGAGGAUCCUCUAAUUUUGGCCGGAUCAGCUGUUGGACUUAAAGCUCGAAACGGCGUUUGGAUCAAAUUCCGCCCCAGAGAGUAAAUCUGCAAAAAAUGUAUUGUCAUCAUGAAAUAAAGUAAUCUAAUCAGCGACUUUUCAUGUCGGCUUUUGGAGAAA